AUUGAAAAAAUGAAGUCGUUUUUAUUAACUGUAUUUUUUGUUGGUGUUAUCAGUUUGGGUUCAGCACAAUUACAAUGUGCUAACCAAGAACUAAACAUACCAAAGGACUGGAUUGACAUGAAGGAAGUGUGUAUUAAUAAAAUGAGAGAUCAAGUUACAGAAGAACUAAGAGCAUCUAUGCAGUACAUGGCCAUGGGUGCUUACUUUUCUAAGGACACCGUGAACUUAAAAGGAUUUUCCGAUAUGUUUUUCAAAUCUGCUAGUGAAGAGAGGGAACACGCCAUCAAACUGAUUUCUUAUUUAUUAAUGAGAGGAGAACUUACAUCUAAAGUCAGUGACCUCAUCAAAAGAAAUCUGAUACCAAAAACUACUACCUGGGUUAACGGAGUCUCUGCCCUUAAAGAUGCCCUUAAAUUAGAAGCUUCUGUUACAAAGAAGAUCAGAGAGGUCAUUAAAGUUUGUGAAGAUGGCAGCAGCUUCAACCAUUACCAUCUCGUCGACUAUCUAACUGGUGAUUUCCUUGAAGAACAAUAUCACGGACAAAGAGAUAUAGCAGGAAAAAUUUCAACUUUGGAGAAAAUGCAUAAAGACCAUGGCGCUCUUGGAGAAUGGUUGUUUGACAAAAAACUCAUUAGUGGAGAGGUGUAAUUUAAAUUUGUAAAUAAUAUACCUAAUAUGUAAGAAAUUUUGAAGUAAGAACAUACCUACCUUAAAACCUUUUGUGAUAUAUUAUAGUUGCAGUUUCAUUUUGUAUUGGUUUAAAUAGUUUCGUUAAUAUCAUUAAUUUUUGAAUAAAGGUAUCUUUAUAAAGUGA